AUGACGAACAUUAUUUUCAAGGUCGUUGUAGUUGAUAAACCCUGCGAGCCCUUGCUGCUCCGUGCCUAUGGAAACUGCACGGACAUUUUUAUGAAUCGCGAGGCAGAGAUUAACUAUUUCAAGAUAUUAAGCGACAACAAUUUUGGUGUUCGUCUGAUCAAGGUGUUCCCUGGUGGUCGUCUUGAGGCGUGGAGAGAAGGUUACAAUCCGCUCUUAGCGCCUGAAAUGCGAUCGGAAGCCAUUUCGAUGCAGAUCGCCAAGACCCUUGCAGUAAUGCACAACAUCAAGGUACAAUCUCCUGCUUUCCCUCAUCGCAGCUAG